ACAGUUACGUCUGCGAACCAGGAAGCGCGAGGGCGGUGCUCGCUUUGCAAAGGGCUGGAGCUGGUGGGCUGAUAAAACAAGUAUCCACCAUGACAGCCAUCAAGCAUGCUCUUCAGAGGGACAUCUUCACACCCAACGAUGAGCGUCUCCUCGGUAUUGUUAAUGUCUGCAAAGCAGGAAAGAAAAAGAAGAACUGCUUCUUGUGUGCCACAGUUACUACAGAGAGACCUGUCCAGGUGAAAGUGGUAAAGGUCAAGAAAUCAGACAAAGGGGACUUUUACAAACGACAGCAGACUUGGGAGCUCCGAGAUCUUACUGAAGUAGAUGCCAAAGAUGCAAGCAAGGAAAAUCCUGAAUUUGACCUUCACUUUGAGAAGGUGUACCGGUGGGUGGCCAGCAGUACGGCUGAAAAAAACUCUUUCAUCUCCUGCAUUUGGAAACUGAACCAGCGAUACCUGAGGAAGAAGGUGGAGUUUGUGAAUGUCAGUUCUCAGCUGCUGGAAGAGUCUGUGCCGAGCGGCGAGAGUCAGAGUGUUGCUGGUGGCGAUGAGGAUGCUCUGGAUGACUACCAGGAGUUGAGCGCCCGUGAGGAGCAGGACAUCGAGAGCAUGAUGGAGAUGUGCGAGUACGCCAUCUCCAACGCUGAAGCUUUUGCAGAGCAGCUCUCCAGGGAGCUGCAGGUUCUGGAUGGGGCCAAUAUCCAGUCCAUCAUGGCAUCGGAGAAGCAGGUCAACAUCCUGAUGCAGCUGCUGGAUGAGGCGCUGGGGGAGGUGGACACCAUCGAGGGAAAGCUGAGCAGCUAUGAGGAGAUGCUCCAGAGCGUCAAGGAGCAGAUGGACCAGAUCUCACAGAGCAACCGCCUCAUCCAGAUCAGCAACACCAACAACGUCAAACUGCUGGACGAGAUCCAGUUCUUAGUGAACUACAUGGACCUGUCGAAGGGACACAUCAGAGCCUUGCAGGAGGGAGACCUGACCUCCCCUAAAGGCAUUGAGGCCUGCAUCAACGCCUCCGAAGCUCUUCUGCAGUGCAUGAACGUGGCGCUCCGACCAGGCCACGAAAAGCUGAUGGCUGUGACGCAGCAACAGCUCCUGUUUGCUGAGCUGAGAGACACCUUCGCUCGCCGUCUCACCAAUCAUCUCAACAAUGUGUUUGUUCACCAGUUCAACCACUUCAGUCACUUCAAAAUGACCAUCCCUCAGUUCUAUAGGUCCUCCUGUCUGUCGCUUCCAGGCCAUGACCAGAGCUCCACCCUGUCGCAGCACACAGCUGAACUGAGCCUGCCCAAACACAGCCCCCUCCACAGGGACCUGCUGCGCUACGCUAAACUGAUGGAGUGGCUGAAGAACACCCACAGGGAGAAAUACGAGGGCCUGUCAAGGACCUACGUUGACUACAUGAGCAGAUUAUAUGAACGAGAAAUCAAAGACUUCUUUGAGGUCGCAAAGAUAAAGAUGGCGGGUACAACCAAGGAGGCCAAGGGCAAGUUCGCCACGCUUCCGCGGAAAGAGAGUGCACUCAAACAGGAAACAGAAAGCCUUCAUGGCAGCUCUGGGAAGCUGACAGGCUCGACCUCAAGCCUGAACAAGCUGACCGUGCAGGGCUCCAACAGCCGGCGUUCCCAGUCCUCCUCACUGCUCGACAUGGGCAACAUGUCCGCCUCUGACCUGGACGUGGCUGACAGGACCAAGUUUGACAAGAUUUUUGAGCAGGUCCUCAGUGAGCUGGAGCCUCUGUGUCUCGCAGAACAAGACUUCAUCAGCAAGUUCUUCAAGCUGCAGCAGCACCCGACAGUUACACCCCCUCUCGCUCAGCCUGAAACAGAAGAGGCAGAUGGAAUCCCUUCGUCACGAAUGCCUCCCCAGGCUGAACACAGACACUCCUUGUCAUCAGAGAAGGACCUGGUGCGGCUGAUGAUGAAUAAAAUCUUCCAGAGCAUCGAGACGGAGCUCAACAGUCUCAUUGCUCUGGGUGACAAGAUUGACAGCUUCAACUCUCUGUACAUGCUGGUGAAGAUGAGUCACCAUGUGUGGACAGCUGAGAACGUCGACCCGGCGUCUUACCUCAGCACUACUUUGGGAAACGUGUUGGUCACUGUCAAGAGGAACUUUGACAAAUGUAUUUCUGGUCAGAUCAGACAGAUGGAGGAAGUGAAGAUUUCUAAGAAAAGCAAAGUUGGUAUCCUGCCUUUUGUCACUGGGUUUGAGGAGUUUGCUGAGCUGGCGGAAACAAUCUUCCGCAACGCGGAGCGCCGAGGGGACCUGGAUAAAGCUUAUGUCAAACUUAUCAGGGCUGUCUUCAUGAAUGUGGAGAAGGUCGCCAGUGAGAGCCAGAAGACGCCGCGGGACGUUGUGAUGAUGGAAAAUUUCCACCACAUCUUUUCCACACUGUCACGUCUAAAGAUCUCCUGCCUGGACGCUGAGAGGCGAGAGGCCAAACACAAAUACACAGACCACCUCCAAUCCUAUGUUAUCAACUCUCUGGGUCAGCCUUUAGAAAAACUCAAUCAUUUCUUUGAAGGAGUUGAAGCCCGUGUAGCUCAGGGUGUUCGUGAGGAGGAGGUGAGCUACCAGCUGGCCUUCAACAAACAAGAGCUGCGCAAAGUUAUCAAAGAGUAUCCUGGCAAAGAGGUGAAAAAAGGACUCGAUAACCUUUACAAAAAGGUGGACAAACACUUGUGUGAAGAGGAAAGUCUGCUACAGGUGGUAUGGCACUCCAUGCAAGACGAGUUCAUCCGUCAGUACAAGCACUUUGAGGAUUUGAUCGGCAGAUGCUACCCUGGAUCCGGAAUAACCAUGGAGUUUACCAUCCAGGACAUGUUGGAGUACUUCUCCAGCAUUGCUCAGUCUCAUUAGUCUCUUUGCACUUUUCAGUAGUGAUUUACUACUGCCUCACAUUGGCUGUUGAUACACUAGCUACUCACUAAGGGACUGUUCGUUAUUUUUUGAGAGAGGCAGGGAAAAAAAAGGGGUAGGCAUGUUAAAAACAAUUAAGCAUAACCGAUGUACUUAAGUUUUUUAUUUUGGCUUAGGAAACGGACAUACAACUUACAACUGUUGUAUUUUGUAUUCAUGCUAAAUAUCUUAUGAAUUCCACAUCCCUCUGGCAGAUUUAAAACCAUCUUCUCUUUAAAGAUUGCCAAAAUCACACUAUUUAUCAUAGCCAGAACCUGUGAAAACAAAAUUAUCACAGAAUCCAACAUGUAAUUUUUAAAGAGGAUUUGCAUUUUGCUCAAGAGCAAACAAUAGCUGUUUGUUUUGACGAUAACUCUUGGUCCCAUGCUAUUUGCUUGUAUUUGCAUUGGCUCGAGUCCUAAAACUUGGAAAUCGGUAGCAUUUCAGCACCUCUGGUUCCCUUGUCUCAAAGUUUUUUUAAUGGGUUUUUUGUUAGAAGCCUUAAAUAACGUCUUUGAUCAACACAAGCUCAAGAGACGUUCUACGACAUAAAUGUCACUAAAUGCCCAUUUUGCAAACUUUUAAGCUUUUAUGUGUCUUAAAAAAGGCAGUUGCUAACAGGUGGCUAAAUGAGACUACAAAACAUCAGUCAAACAUCAUCACUGCUGAAUUUGGCUUUACAGCCUUGUAGCGGUGGCAAUGUGACAGUAGUUUGUUUCUAGCUUAACAUUAGCUUAUUAUUCCUGGCAAUUACAUUUAGGCUUGAAAAUCCCGAAAGUGGUGUUCAUUUGUGAACAUUAUCUUGCAAAACAAAACAUAUAGGUAUCAUAGAUGUUUAAUGAUCCCAAAUCCAAUGGAAAAAUCCUGUAGGCUUUUUGACCAAAAAUAUGGGUUGAUGCUGAUUUCCACAGAAAAAUGUCAUCCCUAGGGCACUCUACUUGGUGUGAAUAUUAAUAAAAAGGCUAUAGUUAGCCUAUUUCUGGUGGAGGAAGGGCUCCAGGACAAAUAUUUGUAGCUUCGGGGAAAUCAAGAUUUAGAAAAAGUGAAGUCACAUCCCAGAUAUCCAACUCCUCUAAUAAAUAAAGUGCAGUCCCUAACUGCCCUGUAUUGUUUUGGGGGCAAUGAACAUUUCCUCUGUGUAUCUGCAUAUGUUAAUGAAAGGGAUUUGUACAUUGAACAGAUUACUCUGCGUUGUGUGUGCCUGUUUCGUUGAUCAACAACUCUGCUCUAAAUACCUAACUGUCUCUUAUAUUUUUAUUAUUUCUUUACGCCAUAUGUACAUAUUAAAUUUGAAUCUGACAAGUCAUUCAA